AUGUUUUUGGUGCGCGUGGCCGCCCGACUGUUCAGGGCCGUCCCCGCGGCAGGUGAGGGGUCGGGGAGGGACGGGCGGGGGGUGACCGUGUCCCCCCAGGCCCGCCGUUACAGCCGGCCCUGGCCCGCGGCCUGCCUGAGCCGGGCCGCCUCGGUCCCCGUGCCGGGCAGGGCGGCCCCACCGCCCCCGUUGGAGAUGCUGGUGCCCCGGAAGGUGGCCAUCAGCCCCCUGGAGAGCUGGCUCACGGCCCGCUGCCUCCUGGGCGGCCUCGCCCGGACCCCCGAGUGCCCGCCGGAGCCCCCGGCCGCCCCCGCCGUGCGCUGCAAGAGCGUGCUCAAGAUCCGAAGGCGCAAGAUGAACCACCACAAGUACCGCAAGCUGGUGAAGCGCACGCGCUUCCUGCGCCGCAAGGUGCGCGAGGGCAGGCUCAGGCGCAAGCAGGAGCGCUUCGAGAAGGACCUGAGGCGCAUCUGGCUGAAGGCUGGCCUGAAGGAAGCCCCCGAGGGCUGGCAGACCCCCAAGAUCUACCUGAAGAACAAGUGAGCUGCACCCCCUCUCCCUCCCCACCCUUGCCUCCUGGCAAUAAACUCGGACCGCCGCCCCAGUAUCCUGCCUGUUGGGAGGGUCUCCGUGCUCCUGCGGAGUCCGGGGCCAGGGUGGGCUCUCCCCUGCACCUGGGACCCUCCCCAGGGUCAUCCGCUUGGGCACCACAGGCCCUGCCCAUGCCUGCUGAGUCCCGGCCCGGCCCUGGAGCUGGCGCUCCUGCCAUUCCCACCGUGGUCCCUGCGGAUGGUUUGGCGGCUUCUAUUUUAUGUCUGUCUCUCCUGGAGGGCUCCCUGCCCUGGCCCCUGGGGAGGAGGGCCAGGGAUGUGGGACCCGGCCAGCCCCUCGUCCCUGUCAGGUUCGCCGACCACCAGGGAAAGAAAAAAGCAUGGCCGGCUGUUGACAAGAGGCCUUUAUUGGGGAGAA